ACGGUGCAGUGUUCAGAAGCUUAGAGUAUUUGGCGGAAGCUUCUCGCCAGGACGCGCCGAGUGCUGCCAUGGGCUCCACUUCCAGCGUCUUCGAGAACUGCGUGGCGCUGCGCGACUUGGCGCCCUGCCAAGACCCAGGCGCCGAGCUUUUCUUUGGGGCUCUUGGAGGUGUGCGCUCAGAUCGCCUGGAGGAGAUGAUGCAGGAGCUCUUCCGCCUGCAAGACCUGAAUUGCAACGGCACCUUGGAGGAGGCGGAGCUCCUGAAGCUCAACGAGAAGAUCGCCAUAUUGCACGGCGGCUCCGACGCCGAGUGCAGCUCGGUGCGGCGGAGGUACUCUCAGAUCUUCCGGUCCGAGCUGAACGCUGAGGGCCCUGUGACCUUCACCAGGUUCCGGCGGUACAUGUACCGCACCCUGGACGCGCUAGAUCCCGAUGAGCCCACCCAGGCCAUGAUCUUGGACCAGUUCAUCGCUGAGGCGGAUUUGGCGCUUGCGACGUUCCCUGGCUCCCUGAAGGUGAACCCAGGCUUCAUGAAAGCCGGGGCUCAUCCUUGAGAAGUGCUUUCGAAUGAGCAAAACCACUUGCAGGAUGCUUAUUCUGAAUUCGGCAUGCGCAACCAAAAACCUGCGAACCAGUCCUC